UCAGCCUGCAGUUAUACCUGGAAGCUCUCUAUAUAAUAAUUUGGCGAUUUGUACUUCCAUUAAUAUCCGUAUAUAUGGAUUUUGUGUCAAAGAUGACAGUUGAUCUCCGCAAUACUCUACUGGCUCUUACUGUUCUUCUGGCUGUAAAGCCUGUUGUUUGUGACCAUAGUCGACGUUUGGAAUUAUGGGACAGUGGGAAGAAAGGGACAUCAGGAGGGAAUGGGGAUCUUGUGACUGACUUGCCUGGACAACCUAAUGUAGCUUUCAGGCAUUAUGCUGGCUACGUUACGGUAAAUGAAGCACAUGGAAGGGCACUCUUUUACUGGUUCUAUGAGGCCUCGACUCGGGCUGAUGAAAAACCAUUGGUGCUGUGGCUCAAUGGCGGUCCAGGGUGCUCUUCUGUGGGAUAUGGAGCAACGCAAGAAAUUGGUCCCUUUAUAGUGGACACCCAUGGGAAUGGACUGAAACAUAAUCCCUACUCAUGGAAUACAAAAGCCAACAUGUUGUUCCUGGAAUCUCCGAUUGGUGUCGGCUUUUCAUACUCAAAUACAACUAGUGAUUACAAUAAUCUGGGAGACGAUUUUACUGCAAAAGAUGCUUAUAUUUUCCUCAACAAUUGGUUCCUCAAAUUCCCAUCAUAUAGAAAGCGAACCUUUUACAUUGCAGGGGAAAGCUAUGCAGGAAAAUAUGUUCCAGAGCUUGCUGAGCUCAUAUAUGACAUGAACAAGGAUCCCAAUUCCCUUCAAAUAGAUCUCCAGGGUAUUUUGUUGGGUAAUCCCGAAACAUCUGAUGCUGAGGACUGGAGAGGCUUAGUGGAUUAUGCUUGGAGCCAUGCUGUGAUAUCAGAUGAGACUCAUAAAAUAAUCAGAGAAAGCUGUGAUUUCGAGGGCAAUGAUACAUGGAGCAACAAUAAUUGUACGGAAGGCGUUGAUGAAGUACUCAAACAGUACAAGGAGAUUGAUAUCUAUAGCAUCUACACUUCAGUCUGCAUUGGCAAUUCAGCUGGUUCAGAUGACAGAUCAUUGCCACUUAUGAUACUGAUGAAGCGCACAUCUAAGACUAAGAUGAUACCAAGAAUCAUGGGUGGUUAUGACCCAUGCCUUGAUGAAUAUGCAAAAGCAUUCUACAACAGACCAGAUGUUCAGAAGGCUCUACAUGUUAGCGAUGGCCACCAGCUCAAGAACUGGAGCAUCUGCAAUAUGAAGAUAUUUGAGGAGUGGUCAGAUUCAAAGCCAUCUGUUCUCCCUAUAUACAAGAAGCUUAUUACUGCAGGACUUAGAAUAUGGGUGUACAGUGGAGACACGGAUGGAAGAGUUCCUGUACUGUCUACCAGAUACAGCCUAAGUUCACUGGGACUGCCCAUUACUAAGGCAUGGAGGCCCUGGUACCACCAAAAAGAGCCUUUGGUUCAGGUGAGUGGUUGGUUUCAGGAAUACGAGGGGCUUAUGUUUGCUACAUUUAGAGGGGCUGGCCAUGCAGUGCCUUGCUUCAAACCAAGCAACUCACUGGCGUUCUUCUCAGCUUUUCUCCUUGGGGAAGCUCCACCUUCUGCUCGUUAAAGAUUGCGUAUUCUGUUUGUAGCACUACUCCAAAAGAUUUUGUUCUUAGUAUAUUAUAUAUAUGUAAUAGAAAUUAGAGAACAAAAUAUGC